CGCAGCCAUCGGUGGCCAGGAGCGGCAAGGAGGAGAUCGGCGCAUAGAAGAACCGGCGCGUUCAGGAAUCCUUGCACGCUAGGUCGGCGAGUAUCGGGCGGUUCGUGACCUAGAAAAAAGGACAAGGAGCGGAGAGAGCGCCAGGCAGGCCAGACGAGCCGAGACAGAUUGCUGCGCCUUUUGUCCAUUUCUUUGCCCUUGCUGGCUGGCUAGCAGCCCCCGCAACACCACGCGGUGUAGUCGCAGCAUUUUUCAUCUGACUCAAACCGACUCGUCCUCCUCCUUCCUUGCUGGCCAUCAUCAUCAUUGCGCACUGCAUUUCAGGCUCACGCAACAGCCGCGAAUAUGACCGACCCAUCCGCUCAGACCUCGUCGCCUAGCUUUCGCGCCCGUGCCAACGCUUCGCAAUCGCCAGUGCAUCCCCAACGUCGAGCCACCGUUGAUCCAGUCGCAUCGUCCAGCAGUGCGGCCAAUGUUGCUGCGGCCGCAGCUAGAAAAUCUCCGCCCAUCCUCGCGACCUCGAGUCCCGCUUGGAAAGGAGCAGUCCAGACCACGAGCAGCGACAUGCAGCACCCUACGGGUGUGGUCGCUGCCGAUGACGCGGCGGCACCGAGACCUAAUGCGUGGGCCAAACCCUUGCCUACCAGAUCCUUCACUAGCGCACCUCCGAGAAGGCAGGGCGUCGCUGCUGAAGAUCAGCUCGAAGAGGACGAGGAACGAGCACGAGCGGCGCAUGCUGCUGCUCGGGGUCUUUUGUCUGGCAAGCAGCAACCUGCGCACUCGCACGCCAUGGAUGCUUCCCUAGCCUCUAGACUCUCGAACGUCGCGCUGCAAUCAAUGCAGACUGCGUCUCCCACAAGCGCUGCACAAGUUCUCAGUCCUGAGCAACAGCGACAGGAUCUGCUGGUCGAACAGGCUCAAAUCAGUGGUGGCGCCUCUGUCGAGUCCAAUCCUGCUCGCGAAGCGGCAUCAUCCUCGAACGGUCGUCCCCGAGUGGCCAAGCAGCCUGUAAGAGCUGCGACUCUGGAUCCCGGAACACUCCAAGUACACCAGCUAGAGGCGAGAGGAGCGGAUGAGACUUCUCCUUCCUCGUCUGCUGCUGUCCAGGCUCCUGCCUCGCAGCAUGCCACUCGUCAUCCCGAUCUGGGUGGAGCAGGUCCUCAUCGAAGUACCACCAUGUACGCCCCUGCCGCUUCGCGAGACGGCGGGCAGCACCACGACGAGCAACAAGAACAGUACUAUGCCUCUCCUGAGCUUGAACCAGAGCCUAUGAGUCCCGAGUCGUACGGCCAUUCGAGUGCCAUGAGUCAGCCCAGUCGCGCGCAACACGGAGCAAUGCUGCUUCCGCAUCAAGCGAUGGACAUGGCCGCUUUCGAAUCGUACAGGACCACACCGGAUCCUUAUGCUCCCAUUCCUCAGCCGCCCACUCCGCAGCAUAUGCACCGUCUAGCGCACGGGUCGAGCAGUAUGAUGGCGCAGCCGUAUGUGCAAGCUGGCGCCGCUUUUCAACAAAGUCCUCCCAUGUUGCCUUCUGCAGGCACCUCGCAGGGCGGCGCGAUGACCGACGAUCAAUCUUUCGUUGGAACCGGACCGGUGCUCGUCUAUCCGAAUGCAACGUAUCCUGCUGGUCUAGUGCCACAACUGACCGGCGGAGGAUCGGUAUAUGGACAGAUGCAUCAACCUCAGAUCCAUUUCUCUCACGACCCCAAUGCUGCUACGACGUAUGGAUAUGCGCCACCGAUGACCCCCUUUAUCAUGCCUUCUCCUAGUCUUGCUCAUGCCUCUCCGGCCAGCGCUUCACACGAUUGGUACGGCACUCAGAGCCACAUGUUCGGUUGGGGCCCCAGCAGUCGACCUGCGAGCAGGAACAAUCAUCAUCGCCGCGGCGCUUCGCGUCAAGCGCACCGACGACAGGACUCCUACGCUUCCUCCUUCGCUGGCGACACUUCAUAUCCUGCAGGCAUGGGGGGAUUUUCUGGCUUUCCUGGUGGUCCUCUCACCAAUGCCUCUUUGGCACCCAACAGCGCAUCAAAUGGUGCAAGCUCGCAAUACGGCCUUGGUAUGAUACCUAGCUCUCCUUCGUCGCCCACGGGCACGGGCAAUCAUCGACGCGUGCCCACUGCUCAUUCCAUGAUACCCAUGCACACCUCGCCAAACACAUCGGUUUCUGCCGGUGCGCCCAUUCCUUUCGGCGCGGGCGCUCUUCAAGCAUCUCCACUCGCUGCUCAUCCUCAGAACAGUGCUGUUCAGCCCGGCUUCUACAGUACUGCUCGGUUUGGCUCAACAAGUCACAACGCUGCCCCGCCUGGCCGACACUCUAGAAACCACUCCAACGCUUCUUCCGUCUCCUUUGCGCCUUUUGCCUUGCCGCCGCCACACCUUGCCGGACGUAACGUUGCGGGUCUAGCAGCAGGAUCGGCCUUCCUCAACGGGGGUUUAUCGACACGCUCGGACCUGGCGAACGAAGGUCAAAAUGCGGCACCGCCGAACCGAUCGGCGCUUUUGGAAGAAUUUAAAAGCAGAGGUUUGAUGGGCGGACGUGCAAGACGGUUCGAGCUCGAAGAUCUGAGAGGACACUUGGUGGAGUUCAGCAGCGAUCAGCAUGGAAGUCGAUUCGUUCAGGAGAGAAUGGACUCGGCGGAUCAAAAGCAGAAAGACGAGGUAUUCGAGGAGCUCAAGCCGGCUGCGAAGCAACUCAUGGUCGAUGUUUUUGGCAAUUACGUCAUACAAAAGCUCUUCGAGCACGGGACGCAGGAGCAGCGCAGUGCUCUGGUAGCCGACAUACUAGGUUCCAUACUCUCUCUCUCUCUUGGCACGUACGGAUGCCGAGUGGUGCAAAAAGCACUUGACCACGUGACACCUCACGAGCAGCUGUCCAUGGCUGAAGAACUUCGAGAGCACGUGCUGCAGUGCGUGCAAGAUCAGAACGCGAACCACGUGGUGCAAAAGGUGCUGGAGAGGGUGCGACCUUCGAGCGAUGUUGCUUUUGUCGCUGAAGCCUUCAGGGGAAGAGUGGGCGAACUGGCGGCCCAUUGCUACUCGUGCAGGGUGCUACAGAGGAUCUUUGAGCAUUGCGAAGAGCGCAUGAGCAGGCCUCUGUUGGAGGAGCUGCACGAGGAAGCGAAAGAUCUGAUGAGGGACCAGUAUGGUAACUACGUGAUCCAGUGGGUGCUCUACAAGGGACAAGCGGCGGACAGGGACAGAAUCAUUCUGCAAACCAAGGGACAGGUGCUUCAGCUCAGCAAGCACAAAUUCGCGAGCAACGUGGUCGAGGCAGUGCUCAGGGCUGCUUCGGAACAGGAAAGGCGACAGCUGAUCGAAGAGACUUUGACGUUGGUGGAUGCGUCUCUAGCGCGACUUUCGGCUCCUCGAUCAUCCACAGCGGUCGUCAACAACGGCAACGGCAACGAAAAUGGCAAUGGCAAUGGCAAUGGCAAUGGUAGCACAUCAACGUUGAGCCAAAUUCCGGCAGCUGUACAAAUGAUGACAGACCAGUACGCCAAUUAUGUCCUUCAGAGAGUGCUGGAACUGGCGCCGGAAGAGCAGCACAAGAAACUGCAGGAGGCUAUUCGACCGCACUUGGCCACGAGUAGAAGACACGCCAAGCACAUUGCGGCGAUUGAGAGGUUGUUGCAGAGACAUCAUCAGCAUGAGCAGCAUCAUGCACCUUCUAGGCCGCUUGAUCAAAGCUGAUUGGUACAACGUCGGCGGAAACGACCCGGCCCUUUUGCCACUGGACCGACGGCAACUCCGUGCUUGCUUUUCUACUACCGGAUCAUCUCCCUGGCCUAGAAAAUGCGCUUUCCCCAGCUGAUCAACCCCGGAUGUCUUUCUCGGCCUCAUGCAAACCCAGUCUCGAGUUUGGCUCUGGCGGCGCAAGAUCGAAA